AUGACAGCUGAGUCCUAUAUCCACAAGAAUCUUCCAGAGCUGCGUUUAUCUCUGCUCUACUCUAAUUUUGAGGACAAGAGACUACUCAAUCCUGAAGGAUACAAUGCCAAUAUUCAAACUUGGCUACAAUUCCUCUUACAAUAUAUUGGUGACGACCAAAGUCCUGACCUGAAAUUCUCCAUUGAUGGUUCAAAACUUCCCAAUCUUUUGACUUUACCUAAAUACGGCAAACCAAAACUGUUGAACCUUGUGAUUGACGCUGGCGUCGACACACAUGCCCUUGAGCCAUGGCUGCUGUUGAGAAACAAGCCAUCAACGAUUUCCAAGUUGUGGGAUGCAGUGUGGGGUAGACAAUACCAUAGUAAAGAAGGGGAUGGUAUCAAGCAUGAAAGAUUCAUUGCUUAUGAUCAUUUACGGAAUUGUGCUUCUACAUAUUGGACAAAGCUUGAAAGAUCGCCAGCUGAGAUUCUCCCUGACUUGAGUACAGUGGACGGGAUUCUUCGUCGUUUAUCAAAAGAAACACAUCUUUUUCCGAUAGAUAUAAAGAUCUUGUGUACUUGGUGGCAUCAUGAGGGCAAAUGUACGCUUGAAGGCGAUUUCGUGCGCUUGGGUCAAGUCAAACCGAUCCUGGACCCUGAGAAAGCCAUAAUCAAUAUGAAGAACACUUACGAAAAUACUGUGGACCGUAAUAGAAGGUUGGAAGAAGAAGUGGAUGUGCUCAAAUCAAAGGUAUCCAAGCUUUUGGUUGAAAAAGCUGAUGAUAAGCGAGUGAAGCACUUCUUGCGACUCAAAAAAACAAUCAACGACCUGUUGCACCAUGGUCUCGAUGUUGAAGCAAACAUGCGUAAAUUGCUUCUCAAGUUGGAUGAAUCGAGAUUGAAUGUGGCCAAUGUUGAUGCCAUGAAGGAUGCUUCGCUGGCAAUGAAGGAACUCAAUGCUCAACUUGACAUUGACGCUGUGAAUGGUCUCGCGGAUACUAUUGAGGAAGAAAUUGCUAAGAUUGAUGAUGUCUCAGCCAAGCUUGGGGAAGUGCUGCUCGAUGAUGAUAAGCAGAUUGAAGUCGACGAGGAGUUUGAUCAAAUGAUGAAAGAAGAGGAAGCCAAGCGGAAACUCAAGCAAGCGGUAUCUGGAGACAAGGUUGCGGAUAAAGUUAAGUCCGAUGAAGUGGAAGAAGAAGAAAUCAAGCCGACCAAACAAGAAUCAGCUGAGCUUGAAGCCCGUCUUGCAGCUCUUACACUUUCCCCUACUGAUUUACCAAAGCUGAAAGAGGAGAAUAAAGAAGAAAGACAAUCAGUGUACUCUUAG